AUGACACCGUGGAAACGCUUCGUGAGGGCCCGUACGGUGGUCGUGUCCUACCUGAGUGCUGCCGCUUGCACCGAGAGCGCGACCGCCUACGCCGAGAGUGCAGCCGCAUCUACAUUGAGCGCGGCCGCAUCCACUGAGAGGGCGUCUGCGGUAGCCGACAAGGUAGCUGCAGCAGCCGAGAUGGCUGCAGUAGCUACUGCGAUGACGGCUGCCAACGCCGAGAGCUCUAGAGCUGCUGUCUGUGCCGCCAAUGUUGCCCUGUCCCGGGUCGAGGACGCACACGCCAAGAUAUUCCAGGCCACUUCAGAAUCCACCAUGCAACCCACGUCUGAAAAGGUGGCGGUGGGAAUGGAGCACCUACUUCCUCAUGAGAUCACCGAGCGGGAGUUGGAGAUGCAGGAGAGCAAUGUUUACCUCAACUGGCUCUGUUUAAUUACUAAAAUUGCACAUUUUAGUAAGUGUGCGCCGCCAGGACCCCGAUCCCCUCGCCCUCCUGCUCGAUCCCCAUCUCCCCCUCUCGAUCCCGCGCGCCUCCCCCUCCUGCUGUCGGCUCCACCACCAGAUCAGGCCGGCCUCCCCCGCCCUUGCCCGUCCCCAGCCGGACCCCUCCAGCAGGGCCCCGUCCCCACCUCCGGCGCGCCAAGCUCGCCGCCUCCCUACCAUGGCCGCGUGGCGCCCAACCUUCUCCUCGCCGCCCUUGGUGCCACGCCGCCGGACCUGCCCGUCGCCCUCCUCGACGACCAGCGCUGCCCCUGUAGCCUCCCCUCCUCCACGUCGUCGCCUCCCCAUGGCGCCGCGCCCGGCCUCCCGCACCACUACCAUCUCCAGCCGCGGCCGGCUUCUACGCUGUUGCUCUGCUCCGCUCCGCCGCCCUUGCUCCGUCCAGCAAGCGCGCCACCGCUGCCCUCCUCUGCUCCGCCGCUGUUGCGCCAAGGCACCCCGGCCAUCUCCUGCUCCUUGCUGGCCUUCGGUGUGCGCACCGCCGCUUCCCUGCUUCAGGCCAAGGCCGACGCCGGCCCCUGCUUCUAG